GACCCUCCCUCCUUUUCCAACACAGAUGCAUUCUAAAAAAAAAAAAAAAAUCCAAACAAAGAAAUAAAAAGAGCAAAUGUGUCGAGUUGGACGCCCUGUUGGGAGUGAGAGACAAGAACGAGAGGAAAAAAAGACAGAAAAGAAAGACGGAGUAUGCAAGAGUAAAGGGGGAGGGAGAGGCACUGAGGGGAGACAUGUGGGGGUGUUGAGGAGGAGGAGGGAGUCUGAACGAAACAGCUUAAGACGGUGAGAACAGAAAGCAGCAGUGAGUUAACGGUGAGAACAGACAGAGAGGAAUCAGGAGAGAAGAAAAGACUCAAGACUUGAAACAUCCAUCACCACCAAACAGAGAUGACGUCACUGUGCAGGAAUCCGGCUUUACUUCUGCUUUUUCUGAGCACCUUGUCUCCCUUCCUCCACCUCCUCUUCAGUCAUGCCAAUCCUACUUCCCCUCCUGUCACUCGUCUACGAUUUAUAUAUGUGACACGAGUGGCUUCAACUGAUGAUUAUGACGAAUAUGAAGACAAUGACAAUCUUCAAAAAGUGAAGGCUUCUGAGCGGCCAGCCUUCGUCCACCAUGAGCCCCAGUUCUGCCAGUACAACCCCUGUGUGGAGAAUCAGGAGCCCUGCAGUGUUCUUGCAAAAAACACUGGAUGCAUCUGUCCUGGAUCCACCGGGCCUAAUGAGCCUCCUCAUCCUCCACGUAUUCAAGAGUUAUUGCCUGUCAGACAGGGGGAUGACAAGGGGAAGGUAGAGGUCAAGUGGUGUGCUCCGUCGUCUGUGGUGUCCGGUUACAAAGUGGUGGUCCAGGGACGUGAAGGGCAGGCACUGGAGUUUAAAGACACUUCACGACAUGGUGUCAUUGGGUCUUUGGAGGUUGGGACCAAGGUGUGCGUGGAAGCCAUGAACAGUGCAGGGCACAGUACCGAAACAGAGUUCUCCUGUACACGUUAUGACCCUCCUAAAUCCUCCGACCAUACACUGAUGCUUGGGGUCAUAGGGGGAGGAGUGGCCCUCCUUCUGCUUCUCAUCAUAGGAGCUGUGAUUUCAUGGAAGUAUCACUUGUGUCAAAAGCCAAAGAGAGACUCCAGUGAUGGACUUGGAAACCCAUCUUACAGCACAGAAGGAACUUUGUGAUCUAGAUGAGUAUAUAAGCAUAGACAUUCCAACCAGUGACACUGAACAGGCCCCUUAAACAGCAACAGCCUGAAUGGAAAACAAAAGCAAAGAGGCACUCAGAUGGUGCUGUGAUUAAUUACAGAAGUUCCUGUUUCAAGGAGCAUGUGAAUCUAUUGGAAAAACAAUUUUGCUAUUUGUAAAGCAAUACUAACAAAUAGUUGUUUUCUUUUUUCUUUUUUUCCCCUUUUUUUUUUUACAUGUUUGGGAGUGUGAACUACAGGUUUAUUUGCAGGCAAAUUAACCACUGUAGGUUUUUUUUAAAUGUAGAUUUAUUGCAGGUUUUCCUAAUUCAAUCAUAGUUGAAGUCAUUUGUAAAUACAGUGCUUAAUCUUUAGGGUAUAAUCACUGAAACUUUUCUACUAAAUUAAAAUUUGUUUUAAUAAAAGA